AUGGAAUUUUUAAUUGAUAUUGAUACGAUAACGUUGCAAUUUCCGUAUCACAUCAAUUUGAUGAUGCACUUCUUUCUUUGGCUUGGUACUUCCGUAUCUGGACUAAACUUAGUGCUUUUAAAUGUUGAUAAGCUUAUAUUUUUCAAGUUUCCUUUAAGAUAUUCUGAAUUGGUGACACGAAAUGGAGCAUAUUUGAUGGCAUUUGCAACUUGGUUUAUUAGUGUCAUCUUCAUUUACUUAGCAUUCCAUACUCGAGCAUUAAUUUGUCGCUAUAAUUGCGAACGUCUUACCAUUGAAAGUAGUCGCUAUGGUCCAUUGAUGUAUUUAUUCUUUACAUUUUUUGUUUCCGUUUUUCCGGCUCUCUCAUCUUUUAUUGUUGCGCUUUAUCUGUUACGAAUUGUUGAUAUUCAUAGGAAACAAAUUGCUGAAGAGCAAAAAUUAUACACUGCAAAUGAUAUGCGCAGGAAAACUAGCGCUAAGAAAUCUGGAAUGCUUACAUUUUAUUUCAUCUUCAUUUCGACGAUUUUCACUAUUUUAACUCUAAUACCGUAUCGUUUGGUGACACUCCACAGGACAAUCAUUGAUAAAGAUACCGUGAUCCGGACAUGUGGUAGUGUCUUCAUCAGUAUACUUACCUACUAUGCUAUGGAUCUAAAUCCGAUUUUCAAUCCGCUAUUAACAGUCACCAUACUACCGCAAUAUCGUUUACAUUGCUUGAAUUUUCUUAUGCCAUUUCGGCUAAGAAAUAGUCAUGAUGCAGUAUGCGACAAAUAA